AUGGAUCUCUCAAAUUGGUUGUGCCAGACUCGCGCCGCCAACGGCUCUGACGCCAUAUCUCAAGAAGCUUUGGUUGCUUUACCCAAGGCUGCACUCAAGGUCGCCGAAGAAGCUGUGCCCGCGCCUGAUUCCAAGCCUGAUUCUGAGUCCGAGGAAGAUUUCAUCCUUCCAGUUGCCCCUCGAAAUGCCGUCAAAAAUGCCAAUCCGGCCCGCACUCUGUUUCACGCAGAUGACUUGGAAAAGACUCAAAUCGGCAAAGACAUCUUCCCCGAGUCCCCUGUCCAGUUAACCCUUGUGAAGGGUGGUCGACCCAAUUCUUUAUCGACGAAGGUGACGAAGUCUCCCUGUUCCUGUCCGCAGCCCGAACCAAAUGGCCGCUCUGGUGGUUCCUUCCAUGUCUUUCUACCUUGGGCAAUGAGCGACAUGGACAAUCCAGACGCCACAGGCGCAGUUUCAGACGGCGCGCGAUGUCACACUUCCUGGCCCGACCACUACGAAAUCGAAUUCCGAGGCUCACAUGAACCACUUCCAGCCAGUGGCAGCUCUGAGCUUCGUGAAGAGUGCAGCGGAGAAGUUGGCGCGGAGUCGACAAGUGAGGGCAAUGUUGUCUUUAUAUACUCUACGAUCAUACGGCGAGCCAUAACCCCGACCGUCCAAGACAAGGUCACCGGCAGGGAGCCAACCACAGAGACCCAAGGAACACUAUACCCUUCGAGCAACAGACGUUUCGCCGGUGAUCCUGAUCCUGAGCACGAAAGCCAUCCCCCUCCAAUUCGAACGCUCAUGGACGACAACUCGGACGAAGAACAGCUUUUCCCGCGCUCCGAGCCUGUUGUUACUGCAGGACUAGGAGUUGGCGCUCGUUCGAUUACUGCCGCUCUUGCCGGCGAAGAACCCAUUUAUGAUGACGACGGAGACAAUAUCGAGUCUGUUACGGAAGGUGAUUACACCCAGCGAGUUUGGCGUCAAAAUGAAGAGCAUGACACCCGGGAAUGCUACCAACCAAUUCGGUUGUUCCAAGUCAUCUCCCGCGGUUGCCGAAUGAUGAUUCCACGAGAGAAGGCAGAUGGCAUGGACAAGCGCUUAGGGAUUGAUGGAACUGUACUCCCCGACGACGAAGCUCCCAAGUGUGUUUUUGUAGGGGUUUCCGCAAUCACCCCCAGGACGUCUUCAUGCCGGAGAAAGAGACCCAGAUGCGUGCGGAUAUGA